AUGGACGGCCAAACGCACAAACCCCAUCGGGUGUCUAAGAAGUCCAAGGAAAAGAAGACACAACAUCAAGGCGGCCAAAACCCCAAGGCUUUUGCCUUUUCCAACCCCGGAAAGCUUGCAAGACAGGCGGCUCGCUCUCACGAUAUCAAAGAGAAGCGUCUCCACGUUCCGCUCGUCGACCGUCUUCCCGAUGAACCGCCUCCGCGCCUCGUCACCAUUGUCGGCCCACCCGGCGUGGGCAAGACAACAUUACUCAAAUCAUUCAUCCGCCGCUAUGCGAAAGAGACCAUCUCCGACCCCGUCGGGCCCAUCACCGUCGUCACCUCCAAGAAACAGCGCCUGACAUUCAUUGAGUGCCCGAACGAGCUGGAGGCCAUGGUCGAUAUCGCCAAAGUCGCCGACAUUGUGCUGUUGAUGAUCGACGGGAAUUACGGCUUCGAGAUGGAGACGAUGGAGUUCCUCAACAUUCUCGCCGCGACCGGUAUGCCGGGCAACGUCUUUGGUAUUCUCACCCAUCUCGACCUAUUCAAGAAGCCGCAGGCACUCAAGGACGCCAAGAAGAGGUUAAAGCACAGGUUGUGGAGUGAACUUUACCAGGGUGCCCAUCUCUUCUACCUGUCCGGUGUUCUCAACGGACGCUACCCCGACCGUGAAAUCCACAACCUAUCCCGCUUCCUCUCCGUCAUGAAGAACCCCCGGCCGCUCGUCUGGCGAAACACCCACCCCUACACGAUCAUCGACAACUAUCGAGACAUCACCCACCCGACCAAAGUCGAAGAGGACGAGCACUGCGACCGGUCCAUCGAACUGUCGGGCUAUCUCCGCGGCACCAACUUUGCCGCGCAGGGGCAAAGGAUACACAUUGCGGGCCUCGGAGACUUCACAAUAUCCAACAUGGAGGUGCUCCCAGACCCAUGUCCCACGCCCGCCAUGGAGCAAGCGCUGGCAAAGAUCACCGGAAAGACAGGGAGGAGGCGGCUGGAUGAGAAAGACAAGAAGUUGUGGGCUCCGAUGGCUGACCGGAGUGGUAUGAAGAUCACGGGCGACCACAUCGUCAUCACCAGGGAGAAGGGCUUCGCGUUCGACAAGGAUGCCGAGGGCGUAGAGCGUGGGGAGGGUGAACAACUCAUCGUCGAUCUUCAGGGUGAACGCCGGCUCCUUGGUCAUACCGACAAGGGGGUGAAGCUCUUUGCUACUGGGGAGCAGCUUGCCGAGGUACCGGAGGAUCCGGACAGCGGGAGAACGUCCCAAAGGAAAGCCCGCUUCCUUGAGCGGAAUGGGUCGGACGACGAGGCGGAUGUGCCGGAGGACGAAGGGUUUGUCAGUGGAGAGGAGGAGGAUGAGGAAAAGGAAGGGUCUGACGUCGAGGCCGAGUUUGAUGAGCAGAAACUAGGCAAAAUGUUCCGGAAACAGACCGACAAGGACCAAGGGGACGACGUCGCCUUUGCCGACAGUGACUCCGACCUAGGCUCCUUGUCCGGGGAAGAGGAUCUGGACGAUGACGAUGAGGACGACGAGGAUGAAAACGAGGAAUUCGAUUCGGACGAGGAGGGUGCGGCAGUCAAGUGGAAGGAUAACAUGAUGGAGCGUGCCAGGGCGCUGCAUGGGAAGAGGCGGCCGUAUCGGGCAGUGGACCUGGCCAGGUUCAUGUAUGAUACGAGUCUGACUCCCAAGGAGGCGCUUCAGAAAUGGCGGGGAGAAGAAGACGAGGAGGCAGAGGAGGACAUCGAGCAGGAUGACGACACCUUCUUCCGGAAAACUGGGAAUGACGAGAAGGAAGACCUUGCCGAGGAUAGGUCGAUUCCCCGGUUUGACUAUGAAGACUUGGCGGCCAAAUGGUCGAACACAGACGCCGUCGAAGCUUUGAGGAGUCGGUUCGCCACGGCCAACUUGCUUGAUGAAGAUGGGGCCGACGAUGACUUUGGUGAUGACGAUGGUGACGAAGAUGGGUUUGGGGACGAGGAUGAAGAUGAUGAGGGCGAUGGUGCGUUUGAGGAUCUCGAAACGGGGGAAUCGCACGGGCUCGAUCAGGAAGAAGAGGAGGGGAGAAGCGACGAUGAGCCCGAGGAGAGUCUUGAAGCAGAACGAGCAAAAAACGCGCGCCGCAAAGAAGAGCUCAAGCUACGCUUUGAAGAGGAGGAUCGCGAGGGGUUCAAGAACGACAAGGCCGUCGCGAGGAGAGAAGGCGGCGACCAAGAGUUUGGCGAAGAUGAAUGGUACGAGGCACAAAAGGCCGUGCUGCAAAAACAGCAGGAUAUCAACAAGGCCGAGUUUGAGGAACUCGACGAGGCCCAGCGGACGUCGGUCGAAGGGUAUCGCGCGGGCAAAUACGCCAAGAUAACCCUCGACGGUGUCCCAGCCGAGUUUGUCAACCGGUUCCAACCGCGAUUGCCUAUCGUCGUGGGCGGUCUAUCAGCCACCGAGGACAGGUUCGGGUUUGUCCAAGUCCGGAUCAAGAGGCAUCGGUGGCACAAGAAGAUCUUGAAAACGGGCGACCCCCUGAUCUUCUCGCUCGGCUGGCGGAGGUUCCAGUCUCUACCCAUCUACUCCAUCUCGGAUUCCCGGACGCGGAACAGGAUGCUCAAGUACACGCCCGAGCAUAUGCACUGCUUCGGUACCUUCUACGGGCCCCUGAUCGCCCCCAACACGGGCUUUGCCUGUUUCCAGACCUUUUCCUCCACCAACCCAGGGUUCCGGAUUGCCGCUACGGGUACAGUAUUGAGCGUUGACGAGUCCACCGAGAUCGUCAAAAAGCUUAAGUUGACCGGAACCCCCUACAAGAUCUUCAAAAACACCGCCUUCAUCAAAGGCAUGUUCAACUCCUCCCUCGAAAUCGCCAAAUUCGAAGGUGCCGCCAUCAAAACGGUCUCCGGCAUCCGCGGGCAGAUCAAGCGCGCCCUCUCCAAACCCGACGGCCACUUCCGCGCAACCUUCGAAGACAAAAUCCUCGUCAGCGACAUCGUCUUCCUCCGCGCCUGGUACCCGAUCAAACCCCACCGCUUCUACAACCCCUCCACCAACCUCAUCGGCUGGCAAAGCAUGCGCCUAACCGGCGAAAUCCGCCGCGACCAAGACCUCGCCACGCCCCAACUCAAAAACAGCCAAUACCGCCAAAUCGCCCGCCCAACCCGCCACUUCAACCCCCUCCGCGUCCCCAAAGCCCUGGCCGCCAGCCUCCCCUUCAAAUCCCAAAUCGUCCAAACCAAACCCCAGCGCAAACAAACCUACCUGCAGAAACGGGCUGUCGUAGCCGUGGGCGCGGGAGCGACGGAAGAGCGCAAAGCCCGCGACCUGAUGCAGAAGCUCACGACGCUGCGCAAGGACCAAGCGGCGAAACGGCAGGCCAAGAAGGAAGGGAAGCGCGAGGAGUACAAGAAGAAGGUUGCGUAUAUUGAGGAGCGGUUGGAGAAUCGGGAGAAGAGGGAGAAGAGGGAGUUUUGGGAGCGGGAGGGGCGGAAGAGGAAGGCGGGGGGUGGUGAUGGGGGUGGUGGUCGUGGGAAGAGGAGGCGGUAG